GUGUCCAUGUAUGUAUAAAUCUAGGGUCCGAUUCCACUUUUGGCGAAAACUAUUUCCGCCAUGGACUCCUCAACCCCUUUUCUCGUACUUACCUUUCUACUCUCAUGCCUUUGGAUUCUCAUCUUCUUCCAUCAAAAGCAAAACCCAAAAUCUUCCAAGCUCCCCCCAGGUCCUCCUCCUUUUCCGAUCAUCGGAAACAUCUUGGAAAUCGGUAAAAAUCCUCAUCAAUCACUCUCUAAACUCUCAAAAACCUACGGCUCUCUUAUGACUGUCAAACUAGGUUCUAUAACCACCAUAGUUAUUUCCUCUCCAACCAUGGCCAAAGAAGCACUUCAUAAACACGACUCAACUUUCUCAGGUCGAACAGUCCUUCACACACUUCAAACAUUUGACCACCACAAACUCUCUGUCGUGUUUUUGGAUCCUUCAGUUCAUUGGAAGACUCUUAAGAGAGUCUGCGUCACCAAAAUAUUCUCGUCUUCCCAGCUUGAUUCCACCCAGAAUUUGCGUUUAAGGAAGUUGCAGGAAAUGUUAGAGUACGCGAAUGAAUGUUGCAGAAAAGGUGAAGGUUUGGACAUCGGUGAACUAGCCUUUACGACGGUACUGAACUCUAUAUCUAGCACACUUUUCUCCAUUGACCUCGCUGGUUACGCGUCUGGUUCGUCUCGAGAAUUCAGAGAUCAUGUAUGGGGUAUAAUGGAAGAAGCAGGGAAACCUAAUAUUGCUGAUUUUUUCCCUGUUCUUCGAGUACUUGAUCCACAAGGUGCACGCUCGAGAAUGGACAAUUAUGCUGGAAAGUUGUUCAAGAUGCUCGAUGAUAUUGUUGGAGAAAGAAUGGAACUGGUUAGAGCCUCGAAAAUGGAAUCUUUCACAGAUGUAUUAGGUUCAUUGCUUAGUCACAAGGAAGAAGACAAACCUCAAGUGGGCCGUUUGGAUAUCGUGCAUUUGUUUGGGGAUUUAUUGGUUGCUGGGGCCGAUACAACAUCAAGUACAGUGGAAUGGGCGAUGGCUGAACUAUUAAGUAACCCACAAAAAUUGGAAAAACUCAAAAAAGAGCUUCAACAAGCCAUUGGUGAAGAAGAUAUUAAAAUGGAAGAAUCAAAUGUCUCAAAGUUGCCAUUUUUAAGGGCAGUAAUAAAGGAAACUCUUCGCUUGCACCCACCAGCUCCUUUGUUAGUACCUCACAAGGCAUUAGAAGAUGCAGACAUUUGUGGCUUUACAGUGCCCAAAAAUGCACAAAUUCUCAUAAACAUAUGGGCUAUGGGAAGAGACUCGACCAUAUGGUGUAAUCCAAAUCAGUUCAUGCCUGAGAGGUUCUUGGAGAGUGAAAUUGAUUUUAAAGGUCAUGAUUUUGAACUGAUUCCUUUCGGAGCAGGAAGAAGAAUCUGUCCUGGAUUGCCAUUAGCCUUCAGAUUAGUUCACUUAAUGUUAGCUUCGCUCAUCCUCAAGUAUAAUUGGAAGCUUGCAGAUGAUCUCCAUCCUCAUGAAAUAGACAUGGAGGAGAAAUUUGGGCUUACAUUAAAAAGGGUUCAACCACUUAGAGCUAUUCCAACUGAAGUUAUUUCAUAGAAUUGAAUAUGAACUCUCUCACUCAUCUUUCUCUUCCAGAUUUUUCAACGCCAAUAUUCCAGAUAUUACUUUGGAGUGCAGAUUUUUUCAUCUAGAUACUUCUAUCCCUUGACAAAAACAAUACAAUGGCAUCUUACCCCGAAAAAAAAAAAAAAAACAAUGGCAGUUAAGGAAUAAAAAUUUCAAGAACCCGCUGGAUAAAUGUUAUUGCCGACGUGUCAAUGUGAGUGUGUAUGUGUUAGUGUUUGCUGUCAGAGAUUAAUAAAAGUGAGCAUGUGCAACGGUGAGAGAAUGUAAGAGUGUGUUGAGUCAAAUGAGUAUGUGUAAAAUAUUGCUGAGUUCAUAAUAAACAUUAUAUUUUGCUAAA